CGUGUAAGACACGCGUGACAGAAAGUUAUUAACAGGCGACUUUUUCUGAUUCUUUCUGCGGAAAUGGACAAACUGCAGGACGGGAACUUCAGCGCGCCUAACGGCACCUUGAACAGACGCUCGUUUUUGGAGAAAGGCGCAUAUCAGCACCUGCAGCAAGGCGACCUGAAGGUGCUGGUGCCGGUAGGGCUGGGCGUCAUCUCCGUGCUAGGCUUCAUUGCAAACGCCACCGCGGUGGGAGUGCUGGUGGGCAACGCGCGUAAAAGCAAGCUCUCCCUUAUUAACGCGCUCAUUCUCAACCUCCUGAUGGCUGACGGUCUGCUGCUGGCUUUUGCGGUCCCGUUUAAAGCCACUGCGUACUCGCGCGAAAGCUGGACUCUGGGCUUAGUCGUGUGCAAAACGUGCGAAUGGUUCGUGCAUUCCUGCAUGGCGGCAAAGAGUUUCACGGUGGCCAUCAUGGCAAAGGCAUGCUACAGGUACGUCAGUAACCCGACCAAGCAAGUCACGAUCCGCCUUAAGACUAUCGUGGUGGUGCUGCUCUUCACAUGGCUCUUGGCUUGCGUCCUCCCACUCCCCCACUGGCUCUUCACGUCGCUGCAGAUGGAAGAGGGUGGACUGCUGUGCGUGCUCGAGGUGCCACCAGAAGCCCGUGAGUUUAUGUCCUUUUACGUGAAGGCGUACCCUCUGGUGGCCUUUUGCGCACCACUUAGCUUCGCGCUGCUUUACUUCUGGCGCGCGUACGGCCGAUGCCAACGCCGCUGCAGCAAGACGCAGAACCUGCGAGCACAGAUCCGGUCGCGCAAGCUUACCCUGAUGCUGUUCGGCCUGACCGUGGCCAUGGCCACCAUGUGGGUGCCACAAUGGGUGUCGUGGGUGUGGAUGAGGCACGCAGCGGACAGCGACGGCCCCGUGCCGCCCGUGCUCUUUGCCGUUUCAGCACAGUUCGUCAUGUUUACCAUCUCGCUAGCCAACCCGCUCAUAGUGCUCGCGCUGUCUGAGGAAUUCCGAGAGGGCUACAAGGGCCUGUGGCGGCGUCUCACGCUGCGCAAACACGCUCCCAAGCAGCAACCUAAACCCGGGCCGCACGCGCCCACUGCGCCCAGGUCGCCUACACCGCGACCCGAGGCUUCGGCCCACCUUCCACCAAGGAGUACCGACGAGUCCCUACCAGACAAGCAGCAGCAGCAACAACAGCAGCAGCAGCAACAACAGGAGGAAGGUUCCGGAAACGGCAAUAAAGAUGGCCUGGUGCCGCCUGAUGUGGAGCAGUUCUGGCACGAGCGCGAGAGUGGCUCCAUGUCCCAGGAGAACGACCCCGUACCUUGGGAGCAUCAGGACCCCAAAGAGGGCAAGCAGUAGCCUAAACACUACCCGAGAAGCAACACACACACACACACACACCACUCAGCUCUCACACGCGCAACAGGAAUUACAGCAGCUACAACCAAGUGACCUCACGCAAACUCGACACACAGGCUAAAUCACAUAAUUGGACAUAUAAAGCUGUACAUGGUGUGACGUCAAUAUUCUACACCAUAUACACACACAAACAUUGCAUUCAUGUACCUGCUAAAAGAUGAACGCACCACCAGCAAACUGUAGGUCUUCUGAAACAAGGUUCCAACCAGAGACACAAUAUAAACAUCCCUGAAAGAUCAUCCGACCAGUACCAUUUGUGGAAUAUAUUGAAUAAAUUCACGUUGUUAUUUGUCGUAAUAUAACUUGAGAAUGGUUUGGUUUGUUGGCUCCUGUAGAGAAAAGUUUCAUGUGUUAUAUUUUGUGAUCCAGAGAGAUUAUGCUCUACAUUUACAUGUCUUCUUGCCUGAUAUUAAGAAACUGUAAAUAGCACAUAUCUGGAUUGAAAAUGUUAGCAAAUUUCCUUGUACAAUUCUCCAAAUAGUGCGAAUUUAUUUCCACAAAUAGAACUAUUACACCUGUAAAAUAUA